UAUUUCCCAAGUUGACAGUGUUGGGGUUUCGCUUUGCGAUUCGGGUUGGGUUCUGGUUUGUGACUGGACAAUUCAAGGCGAGCAGAGCUGAAGAUCAUUAUGAUGACUUCGCCAGACUUGGUAUGAAGAGGACUGGCCAAAAAUUAUAAAGACUCGUCUCCGGCCCUCCUCGGCUCUCUAUCAACCGACACCUUCAUCGCAUCCUUCAAGCUGUUCAAACUCCUCAAUUAUAUCGAUCAAAAUGAAGUUCUUCGCUACACUCGCUGCUGCCGGUCUGGCCUUUGCUUCCUCGGCUGUUGCCCUCGAGCUCCCCUUGGCUGAGGUCCUCUUCGUCCAGGAAAAGAACGUCACCCAGCCCCAGCUCAUCACCGCCUACAACGGCACCUGCGGUUCCCUUUCGCCUGCUUUCGCUGGCGUGACCACUGUUCUCAACAUCAAUGCCGAGGGUGGCCACGAUCCCCGCUGCAAAGUCUUCAGCGAGAGAGAAUGCCAGGGCGCUUCUACCACCUUCAAGCCUGGCCAGCACAACUUCCAAAGUCGCUUUGUCAGCGGUAGCGUUAACUGUGUUGACCCCCAGCCUUAAAUGAACGUCGUAUAUGAGAUAGUUGAUUAUAAUGCGGUAAUGGAUAUGGAUAUAGAUGGCAGUGUAUUGUAGUUGAAAUGGACAGUGCUAUAGUCUUGCAACGCUUUGAACGUGCUCAAGGUAUUCUCCAGUGUAGCCAACUAGCCAACAUGAUGUUAGGCAGUUUGUGG